GUUGAAAAUGUUACUCUUGAAAAAGGACAGGUUACUACAGUUGGUACUCUCCAUUUGACAACGCACCAAAUAAUUUUUAUACAACCGGAUCAUAAAGACGAAAUAUGGAUCCCUUAUCCAAUUAUCCAUACUGUUGAACGUCGUUCGUGCACUACGGACUCUAAAUUAUGGCCUUUAAUCAUUCGGUGUCGUGAUUUUAAAAUUUACUCAUUUUUCAUACUACUCGAACAAGACUCGAUAGAUGUUUUUGAUACAAUACAAAAGUUAACAUGUAUCGAAUCCAUUAGUCAGGUCUAUGCUUUUGAUUAUAAACCUGAAAAAGAAUUUUCAUCUUCGGAUGGUUGGUCUAUCUAUGAUGUAUAUCAAGAAUAUGGUAGAAUGGGUGUUGAUAUACCGAAUUCAUCAUGGAGGUUUUCAAGUGUGAAUCGAGAUUAUACUUUUUGCGAAACAUAUCCACAUACUUUAGUUGUACCAACAAAAAUUAGCGAUAAUGUUUUGAAUCAUGCUUCAAAAUUUAGAAGUAAAAAUCGUAUACCAGUUUUAAGUUAUUUGCAUUGGCAAAAUAAGGCAUCCAUAACACGCUCUAGCCAACCAAUGGUUGGGCUCAAAAAAAAUCGUUCAAUACAAGAUGAAAAACUUAUCGAGGCUAUUUUUCGAUCAAAUACUCCUAAUUUACCAUCGGUGUUUGGUUCAACACAGACAAACCUAAUCGUUGAUGCUAGACCUACAGCUAACGCUAUGGCCAACGCUGCAAUAGGUGCGGGAUCAGAAAACAUGGAAAACUAUAAAAAUUGUGAAAGGAAAUUUAUGGGCAUUGAUAAUAUUCAUGUAAUGAGAGAAAUAAUACAAACUGCAGACGUUCAAGGUUUACUCAUUAAAAAGCAAAAUUUGGAUAAAUCCAAUUGGCUUAAGUACAUAUCUACUAUAUUAGAAUCUUCUCUCGUAAUCAUCAAAAAUGUACAUAUCGCUAGUUCCCAUGUACUUAUUCAUUGUUCUGAUGGUUGGGAUCGUACCGCACAAUUGACAUCAAUUUCUAUACUUUGCUUGGAUCCAUACUAUCGUACUUUCGGAGGAUUUCAAGUACUGGUAGAAAAAGAAUGGAUAUCCUUUGGUCAUAAAUUCACUGAACGUUCUGGUCACCUUUCUGAUGAAAAAUAUUUCAUUAAUAGUGUUAAUACAAAUGCAGCAAACACAGCUUUCAAUACAGUACAAAGCAAAUUCUAUAAUCAAUCAUAUAUUCGAGAAAUUUCACCAAUUUUUCAACAAUUUUUGGACUGUGUAUUUCAACUCUUAACGCAAUUUCCUACAAGAUUUGAAUUUAAUGAAAAAUUUUUGAUCGAAUUGCAUUAUCAUUGUUAUUCAUGUCAAUUCGGAACAUUUUUAUGCAAUUCAGAAAAAGAAAGAAUGGAUUAUAAAGUCACUACUCAAACAUAUUCUGUUUGGGAUUAUUUCAAUUCCAAUAAAAACGAAUUUCUUAACCCUUUAUAUGAUGGUGGAGCUGAAGAUAAGGAAGAUAUGGGUAAUAAUGGUGUAUUACUUCCUGAUGAAAAGAAUACAGAAGGAUUUGCAGCCCGAAUGAGAUGGAAAUCAGAUAGUCCUAUUUCACGGACAAAUUCACCCGGAAUUAAUGAUGCAGACACAUUGAGAGAUGGUUUACAAACAUUAUCACCACUUACAGCGAAUUAUGACAAUAAUCCUGAUAUUGACCUAUAG